AUGCAAUCUGUUUGGAAAGUCCCUGGCGUCGUUUCCGGCAUGAAUCCUCCGGCGUUUGCCCCUGGCUCUCGCAAGAGUUCCCGUCGAAAUUCUACUCUCCUCACCAUUGCUGUUCCUUCUGAAAAGGAGAAGCCCCCUACUACCGUCAGCUCGGAAACCAUAUCAAUGGAAAUCGAGCAACAGAACACUGCUUUACCAACUGUUGGCACUGUACCGGAGUCCAGAUCUGGAUCUACUACAAUACAACUUCAGAACUCUGAAAAAGACCCUAUCCACACAACUCAAAUCCUUAACGCCCAUGAUCCCCCAGUUAACCCAAACAACAUAGCCACCUCUACUGACCAAACCCUACCGACAAAUUCUACUACCCAAAACUCAGCCUCAACUAGUAAACCAGAAAAAACCUAUGCAACAAAACAAACCUUACUGGAAAAGCUCCGUGCCUCUGCUGAUAUGUCUCUCAAACGUCUGGCUCCGGUAACUAUAGCUCCCUCUGGCCGCCCCCGUGUAGUUAUUCCCGACUCUGUCUUCAAAAAAGGAGCAGAAAUCCAUAAGGACUUCAUCAUUUGUUACUUCAAUGGGAAGUCUCUCCUUUUUAAUCAAAUACAAAGUGUAUUUAAUUACAUGUGGGGAAAAGGGAAGAAACUCAAGAUUCAUAACAACCCACUUAACCAAUCUGUUAUAGUGCGGAUCCAAAGCGCUUACCUCAGGCAGAAGAUCUUGGAGAAGAACAUUUGGUAUGUUGGGGAAUCAAUGUUUCAUACUGCUCCGUGGAACUCCAACCACUCUAUGACUACACCACCACUUAAAGCGAUCCAGAUAUGGGCGCACCUCACUGGAGUACCACUUGAUCUCCGCUAUGAUGAAGGGUUAAGCUUGGUAGCGGGCUUAAUAGGUGAGCCAAAAGAGACAGAUGAGUUUACAAAGAAUAUGGUUAGCCUAUCGAUCUCUCAUGUGAAAGUUGAGGUUGAUCUCACUCUCCCUCUUCCUCCAGUGGUCGAAUUUGAGAGAGAAUUUGGUGAAAUAGUUGAAGUCCAAGUACACUACCCAUGGGUCCCUCCAACUUGCGCCCACUGCCAUGAGCUUGGGCACGCAUCACGCGUUCAGGCGUUGCAAGAUCCAACUUCCACAAACUUCCAAGCAGAAAGGGACCUGCAUCAGAAAUGGAAUUUCCUAAGAGAGAUCGAAGAGUUAUAUUUCAGACAGAGGUCGAGAAUUAACUGGCUAAGAGCUGGAGAUUUUAAUACCACUUUCUUCCACAUGAUUUGUCAAGUGCGCACAAGCUACAAUGCCAUCAGAGCUUUCCUAACUGGUUGUGGAAUAUGGAUCACUGAUCCUCUGGAAAUGAGUGAACAUGCAAUCUCUCACUUUCGCUCAGUCUUGGGGCCAACAUAUCAACCUCCGCUCAUCUCCUCCUCCCCUGAAUGGUUUGCUAGCCUCCACAACUACACGGUCUCCCAGGCCCAGUGCUCCCAAAUGACAUUAAUCCCUUCACCAGAGGAGAUAAGAAAGAUGGUUUUCAAGCUCAACCCGAACAAAGCUCCGGGCCCAGAUGGCUUAACCUCGGGAUUUUUCAAGGCCGCAAGGGACUCUGUAGGGGAGGAUGUGAUCACUGCUGUCACGCAUUUCUUCACCUCGGGGUUCUUGCCAUACUCUAUAAACGCCACUAUCCUCAUCUUGGUCCCGAAGGAAGCAAGUGAACUGAUCAAUGGGUACUACAAGAACAAAGGAGCGAAGAGAAUUACCAUAAAAGUUGAUAUAGCAAAGGCGUUUGAUACUCUCUCCUGGGAUUUCUUGUUCUCCUGUCUUCAAGGGUUGGAUGUUCCUGAAAUGGUUCUACAUUGGCUGAGCUCCUGCAUCUGCUCAACAACCUUCAUGGUCAGUUAUAAUGGUACAGUGAAUGGGUACUUCAAAGGAACUAGAGGGCUGAGGCAAGGAGAUCCGCUAUCUCCCUACCUCUUCGUGAUUGCCAUGAACUGUCUAUCCCAUAUGCUUAAUGAGGUUGCUUCUCAGUCUCGACUAAAUUACCAUUCGCAAUGCAAGAAGAUAAAGCUGACUCAUCUAUCAUUCGCUGACGAUCUUCUCAUCUUCAUAGAAGGGAACAUAGAGUCAGUCCAGUGUAUUCUUCAGGUCUUGAAAGAAUUUGAACAGCGAUCGGGUUUAGCUGUAAGCAUGCAGAAGACAAGUUUCUAUGCAUCUGGACUGUCUGAGGAUGAAAUAAAUAGAAUUCAAGUAUCUACAGGUAUGGUUUGUGGAAACUUACCCUUCAGAUAUCUUGGAGUCCCUAUGAACUCUAGGAAGCUCUCCCUUUCUAGCUGUGAGCCUCUUCUGCACCAAAUCAAGAUGAAAUUCUCCUCAUGGUCAACAAAAACGCUAUCAUUCUCAGGGAGACUCUUUCUUAUAAAGACAGUGAUCGCGGGGAUUACCAACUUCUGGUGCUCCUCGUUUGUUCUACCAAAGGCGUGUGUAGCAAAAAUCAACUCAAUGUGUAGUGUCUUCUUAUGGAGAGGUGAUCUUGAAGCCCACAACACUGCUAGGGUGGCUUGGUCGACUGUGACAAAGACAAAGGAAGAGGGUGGGCUGGGAGUAAAAGAUCUCAUCAUCUGGAACAAGGCUUGCUGUUUGCGCUUGAUCUGGCUUCUCUUUUUCAGACCUGACUCGGUAUGGGUGUCCUGGUUGAAAGAAGUUAUACUCAAAGGAUCAGUAUCUAACUACUGGACAACCAACCCUUCUCAAAACUUCUCUUGGAUGACAAACAAACUACUAAAGCUUAAAGAUGUGGCUUACCCUCUUAUCCGCUUGAGAAUCCAGAAUGGUGAAAGCUGUAGGUUUUGGAUUGAUAAUUGUAGUCCCUAUGGGAAACUUCAGGACUACUUAGAUGGAGGGAGAUCAAGACUAGGUAUUCCAAAAAGAGCAACAUUAUCGUCCCUACACUGUGGUGGGAACUGGACACUCCCAUCUGCAAGAACGGACCGCCAACUUCAGGUACUCUCCUUUAUCACUACCGUCCAAUUCAAUGAAGAUCCAAAUUAUUAUGAGUGGGAGAUAUUUGGAAAGGUUGCAAACAAAUACAGUACGGGAGAAGUCUACAACUACCUGAGAGAGAACGUGGAAGUGGUAACUUGGACUAGAGCAAUAUGGGCUACUCGCACCAUCCCAAGACAAAGCUUUCACGUUUGGCUGGUGGCGCUAAACAGGAUACCUACACGAGGCCGGCUGCUGGGUUGUGGCCUCCAAGUCCCUCCUCUUUGUCUCCUCUGCAACACUGCCAAUGAAUCGCGUGAUCAUAUCUACUGGGAAUGUGGGUUCUCUUUCGAUAUGUGGUCUAUAGUUGCCGGUAGAUGCAGGAUAAACCCUCAUCGAACUUGGGAGAGAUCGCUGAUCCAAAUGUCAUCCCUAAUAUCAUCAUCUGCUAACCAGUCGCUCUCUAUUCUUGGAUGGCAGGCAACGAUCUACUGGCUUUGGAAUGAGAGAAACAGCAGAUUGCAUUCGAACCAGUUUCGAUCAGUCGAUUCCAUCUUCUCCAUUAUCGACCACCAAGUGAGGAACAAAAUCUCUAGCUUCAGAGAAGAUAAUCCUAAGCGAUCAUCUGAGAUGAUGCAACUCUGGAUUAGAUGA